AAAUCAAGCGUUGUCCUUCUGUUCCCAGUGGAGGACAAUGCGACUGCGGCCGAGCUGUACAGCAAGGUGCGCAUCCUGUGCUGGGUUAUGACGGGCCCCAGCAACCUGGAGACUAAGGCCCGACACGUCCGGGCCACGUGGACACGGCACUGCAACGUGGUGCUGUUCAUGAGCUCGGUGCGGGACGAUGGCUUCCCCACCGUGGGGCUGGACACCAAGGAAGGCCGGGACCAGCUGUACUGGAAAACCAUCCGGGCCUUCCAGUACGUCCACCAGCACCACCUGGAGCAGGCCGACUGGUUCCUCAAGGCGGACGACGACACCUUCGUGGUGCUGGACAACCUGCGCUGGCUGCUGGCCAACCACACGCCUGAGGAGCCUGUCUACUUCGGGAAGCGCUUCAAGCCCUACGCCAAGCAGGGCUUCAUGAGCGGCGGGGCUGGCUACGUCCUCAGCAAGGAGGCCCUGAGGCGCUUCGUGGAGGGCUUCAGGACCCAGGUGUGCACCCACACCACCUCGCUGGAGGACGUGGCGCUGGGCCAGUGCAUGGAGAAGAUGGGGGUGCAGGCGGGGGACUCCCGGGACGCUGCUCGGCGAGAGACUUUCCACCCCUUUGGGCCCGAAUCCCACCUCACCGGGAAGUUCUCCAAGAGCUUCUGGUACUGGAAGUACUGCUACUAUCCCAUCGUGGAGGGCCCCCAGUGCUGCUCCGACCUGGCCAUCUCCUUCCACUACGUGAGCCCCGAGCUUAUGUACACACUGGAGUUCCUGACCUACCACCUGCGUGCCUACGGCUACCGCUACCGCUACCAGCCGCCCCUGCCGGAGAACGCCGCUCGCCUGCUGCAGCGCCAGGCCCAGCCGAAGGCGGCCAACGCUACGCUGCUGGUGCAGGGCACCAAGAUAUUGUAGCGGGGCUGGGAGGAGGCGGUCGUUCCGGGAUCGGGCUCUGUGCCUGAUGUGGUGCUGGCACCCUGGGCGAGCUGUGGCCAGGAGCCACGUGGCAGCCCCUGCACUGGAUGAUGGAGGGGGCUGUCUCAGUCUAGCUGCCAUCCCAGCUGGCACUAACUGACCCCCUCGCUGGUAGAGGGGCAGAGGGACCACCUCAUAGAGGGUCCCCUCGAGGGCAGAGGGAGGCGUGGGCAGGGCCGGUGCAACAUUUAGGUGACCUAGGCGGUCAUCUAAGGUGCUAGGAUU